AUGGAAUUUGCAUGGAAGACAGGGGAAAGAAAACUGACAGUUGAAUCAGACACAAAAGUGAGCAUACAACUGUCAAAGGAAGCCUCCAAGGAUUGCCCUCACCACAACCUGAUCAGAAAGGCGCAAGAAUGGUUGAAGAAGGAUGGGAAUGCCAGCUGGUGCCAUGUUUGGAGGGAGAGCAACUCCUGUGCAGAUCAUCUAGCUAAAAAUGAGCCUAAAUUUGCCUCCAGGAUUAUCGGAGUCAAGAGCCCACCAUUUUCAAUUAUGUUGUUGCUGUGUUUUGAUAUCAGAGGAAAAUCCGUCGGCAAAUUCAGGAGCGUUUCGAAGUCAUGGCGUUCUCUUCUCUCCGACCCUGUAUUCAUCAAAGCCCACUUCGAUCUCCACCUCCAUCACCCCCAAAAAUUUAUCCUCUCUUCUUCUCCUCCCACAGAAAAAUCAACUUUGUCCAUCCUAUCUUUCAACCCCACUGGCAGCGCUGACAACGAUGGCAUUUCAAAAAAGCUCACGCUUCUAGAGAACAAAUUGACCGGCGCCACUAUUAUCGGUUCUUGCAAUGGGUUGGUCUUAGUUUCAAAAUUCAAGAGGAGGAGUCGCGAUACUAAGUACUAUUUGAUAAACCCCACAACCAUGGAGCUCGUGGGAAUACCCGUGAACCCUUUGGCUCCGUGGGCUCGUCGAGGUGGGAUUGGUUUCGGUUAUGAUAGAUCUAAUGAUGACUAUAAAAUCGUCAUGUUUUUUGGGAGUGACAAGGUUAACAACGAUGCUUAUCUCGAUGUUUUUAGUCUGACGAGCGGAACUUGGAGGAGAAUCGAUGUUCUGUGUGAUCGUCCUGCUGAUGUUAAAGGGGUGUUUCUGAACGGUGCUGUACAUUGGUUGGGGGAGUGUGAUGGUUCACUGAUUAUGUCUUUCGAUUUGAGUUCUGAGGAAUUUAAGCCUCUGCCUGGGCCUUCUUCUCCUCCCGAAGAUUCUUUUUUCGAUCGUAUUGAAGUUUUUGGUGGAUGUCUAGCAGUGGUUGCCUUCACGGGUUAUUCUACUGAAGUUUCGUUGAAUAGGGGUUUUUAUAUGGAUGUUUGGAUGAUGAAGGAGUAUGGUGUUCAAGAAUCUUGGACCAAGUAUAGACCUAAUACGCACCCCGAUACGUGUCUUUCUUUACCUGUUUGCCUAUUGGGGGAUGAUGAUCUUGUUCUGCAUGUGCAUCAGAGUUUGCACAAACUUGUUGUGCACAGUCUGACAGGAGAAACUAAGAGGGACAUGUCGGUGACUGGCAUUGGAAAUGCGUUUAGGGAUGUAAAGGGCUUUUGCGAAAGUCUUGUAUCGCCUAUUUUCUACAGUCAGAAAUGGAACCAACAUAAACUGGGGGUUUGA